AUGGAAGCAGCAUGCCUUGGCCGACGGAACAGCUGGGCAGCUGUCGUGCCUUUGCAGCGGGGUGAUAAUCCCGCAAGCUUUCCGAACGAUGCACGGAGUCCUGAUCAGAGUUCCGACGGCAGGAUGCGGUCCUGGGCUAGCCUACAACGCCGGCCAUCUGAGAUACUGGGACCCGAGACUCAGAGAGCAUGUGAUUCUGUUGGCAAGCUGUUCUCUUGGGACGGCAACUUCAGCGUGAGCCUCCUGGAUCUAAACCUGAUCAUCGUCGGAUCAGGUCCCGUGUGUGCAGAGCUCUUGCGCCAGAGGCGACUUGCAGGUGGCCGGGCAUGUGUGCUUUGGACUGAGAGGAUGCCAGUUCUGUCAGACAUUGCUGCUUUGAACCGGCACCCCCUGUCUAAGCUUCGUAGCAGUGCCUUCCAUCUUCGCAACUUCUGUUGGCAGCCCCCAAGUAUGAGUCGCACCGAUGUGCCAGAAGUCGAGGAGCUCAGGGCGGCCCACCGAUGCUGGCCAUCUGCCGUGUGCAUGCAGGGGCCCGACAUCGUGCCCUUGCAGGCAGACCAGGUCUAUGCCAUCGCACAGGACCCUGAUGGUCGUGCUUCUGGUAUUGAAGUCCUCGACGGGACUUCUGGGAAUCAGCUCUGGUCUAUGUCUGGUGCUGUUGUCUUUGCCGGAGAAGAAUUUUCUGGCGUUUUGAGUGCUGCUUGCGACACGAUCUAUGUUGCCCGUGAGCUGGAUCUGAGCGUGCACUUCGAGGAUGCAAAGCCCUUGGCAGUGAUGAGUACAUGGACUUGUGUGCAGACUUGUCUGUACAGCUUCGUCCAUUUGACCGUCUACUGCUCGGCCAUGCGUGUCUUCGAGCCCCUGAACACCGCGGAGCAGUGGCCAUGGUGGCGCGGCACUUUUACCGUCGGGCUUUUCCCGUAUGGGUUUGCCACAUACUGCAUAUAUUGGGCAAAUUGCCUUGCAGGCACACAGCUUCCGAGCGGAAUGAAGAUCUUGGGCGGUUUGCUCUUGAGCGGCUUCUCUUCUAUUUUCGCCAUUGCCGCGAGGCCAAUAUCCGACGAGGACACCGGGUCAAUCUACCGGCCCAUCUUCAUGGUGUUUUUUGCAGGCAACUUGUUUUAUGCCGUGGUGUCGCCAGUCAUCCAUUGGAUCUGGUACCGGUUCCUGGCGCACCCUGGGACUUCCUCGAAGGAAUACUCUCACAACGAAGUCAUCUCUGAAGGGGUGAGGCCAGUUCACAAAUGCAAUCACGUGUUGUGGACGUGCACCCAUAUCCUCUUUACAUUUGGCAGUUGGAUUUUCUUGUACUUUGUUUCCAUGGUGUUCAUUCAGCUGCAAUCUAUCUCGCAAGUUGCAGCGGCAUUGUUCCUGACUUUUGCCACGAAUCUGACCGAAAAAGCUGUGAGCUGCAUGACCACGUCGAUAUACACUGGCCUUGUUUACAAUGUUCGCUGCCGUCCGGGUGAGAAGCGACUUUUAGGCGACCAGAGAAGGUACCUCAUGGUGCCAGUUGCACUGACGCACGCGUUUUGCGAGAGCGCGCGCCUCAUCAGCUUGCUCUCCGUCACCAUGCAAUAUGGUGGAUGGUCCUGGUCCUUCAACCUUGCACUCAACCUGGCCGUGAACCUUCUCGAGCGCAGCUACUGCAACCUCAGUUUCCUGACCUAUGUGUGCCCUGGCCUGUCCAGGACAUUGCUGCCGGGUGUCAGCAUGGUUCUACAUCAGGAGGCAAAGCUUUUAUCAGGCAACGCGCAGUAUGUGUCCGUCGUGGCCUUUCUGACGGCAGAUUUCAUCACGGGCCAUUGGGCCACUUCUGCUUUCAACGUUGAGUCCAUCUGCCUCAUCGUCGCAUCAGUGGUUGCGGAGCUCGCAGAGGACUUGGCGAUCAGUUUGGGGAUCCGGCCGAACAGUUUCUGGCCUGAAGCUCUUCGCGAGGACUAUGCUGAACAGCCCAUCCUGCAUCCGCGGCAGAUCCUCUGUAUCGACAAGGUCGGGGUGUUCAUGCUUUUUCCUCAAGGCAAAUACAAAGCCAAGCGUAAGACCGUCAAAGCAGAGUGCAGGUGUACCUGUUAUGCAUGCCUAGACUGUUGCGAAGGUUGGGGUUACAUGGAAGUCGCCGCCGCUGUCUUUGCAUGGCGUGGGCAGCCUGACUUCUGGGAGACGGCGGUGUUCAUGCUUCCGGCCACCUACUUCUCCUUGGUGCUGAUGAUAACCUUGCUUCUGGGCGCCGGCUACAUGCAUGGAGUUUGCACAGAGCCUCUCCCGGCAGAGAUGAGAGCCGGGCUCUUUGCUGAAAUUUGUUUCUUCGAAAGCUGCAUAGAGUGUUGUGGCAGUGCGGAGCAACCGCCGAAUCCGAGCUGCUUCGAUGCCGUCUACACGGAGGAGCUCUGCUGCAUGGAGGCGGACUGGGACAUUGAGUGCUGGCAGCAUGCACGAGUACAUCUGUCAGAAGCAAGAAGGGUAGCCGAUGGUCAGGCCACAGCCGGCACGGCCAGCUGGGCUAUGCAGAUGGAAGCCUUGCAGCGUUACAUGGUGGAUGACAUGCUUCUCUACCUGUUCUGCUGCAAUGGCUUUCACAACGAGUACUGCUGGGGACCUGCGGUUCCGCAGGCGCUGUUGCCCGACCCCGACGCAUGGGAAGGUGUCUCCGACAUCGUCGCAUGGUAUCCACGCUGCUGCUUUCCGAGACUGCGGGGAAUGCUGAAAGCCCCGAUCCCUCCUUGGAUGCGGAAGCAGAUCAGCAGGGACCUGCGCCACAUGUCGAUGCCGGGACGACCGGGUCUUCCUUGGCCGUCGAAAAUCGAUGUGCAGCACUUCGCUGGCUCCAUCCGGCAGGAGGACGGACAACCGAACUACCAAGAGUUGUUCCGGUUCUGCGACUACCAUGUCAUGGGCUCUGGGCAGGUUCGACACUGCAACUUCACUCAGAAAGGAUACCGCGCUCGCCAGUAUGCUCGUGCGCACACCUUUGCCCGUGCCAUGACUGUCCUCGCCGCGCGGGGGGAGCUCCCCGAUGCGGAGGUCAGCUUCGUGUUGUCCCACUCGGAUGUAGAGUGGCACGACUUGGCUCUGCCUGUGUUGACUUUCCAGCGGGGGAAGGCGACCAGGCGUGUGAUUCGCACGCCCAUGUGGGAGCAGCUGGAUGGCUCGUGGAGUCGCAAGGUGGAGAACAUGGUGCGCUUCGCAGACGGCCAUCGGCCCUGGGGUGCCAAAGUCGGCAAGCAGGCCUUCUGGCGAGGCACCGAUAGCGGCAUUCCAGCGCAGGACUGCGACCCCCAGCGGUUUCGAUCCUGCUAUGUGGACAACCACACCGCGCACCGUUUUACUCGCCUGAAGGUAGCAGGGAUGGCUUCGACCAUGCCUCACCGUUUGGACGCCGCUUUGUCAGGUGUGAAGCUGCGGGCCCUGGCGAUAGGCUUGGACAAAGUAUACCAAGAGCUGGGCCUUAUCCAUCCGCCCCUCCGGGAGCUCUCCAUUGAGGAGCAGCUCCGGCGCCGUUUGCUGCUGGAUUUGGAUGGAAGCAGCCAGUCCACGCGCUUAUACUGGGGCCUGCUCUCGAAUUCGGUGGUGUUGAAGCAGGACACGAAGAAUUGCAAUUGGUAUUCCGAUCGGCUCCGGGAUCACAUCCACAUCUUCCGUGUGCGUCGAGACCUGGCGGACUUGCCUCACCAGGUGCUGCGGGCCAACCUGCGCCCCAGCCUGGCACGAUCCGUCGCGCGGCGGUCGGCGCGCCUCGCACGGCGCUGGCUCAGCCACGAGGAUACCAUGCACUAUCUUGCGCGGGUGAUUUUCGCCUUGGCGGAAGCUCAGGGAAAAGAAGACCGACAGCAGGUGACUGAACUCGCCAUGCAGAACUCUGUCAGCGCCGUGGUGGCUCGCAUCCGCGCUCGCAGCUGUGGCACGCCGAUGCCCUUUGCGUCGCAGGUGCCCGUCCAGAACUCGGAGUCAGGUCGAGGAGCGGGCGGAUACACGAUUGGCCGCGAGUACCCGUGCAUGGGAAGCGGGUCAGCUCAUGCCAGCAUUCUGGCUCCAGUUUGCGCCAGCUUGACUUUCUGCGUGAUUGUGGGCAAGCGUCCGUUCGCACAAUGUCAUUCACCCACGAAGAUGUACAGCGCCCUCGUUUUGCGAGUGAGGACGGGGUGCGCAGGUGCACGCUCCGCCACAAGGCGCAGUGAACUUGUCCUUCUGAUUCCUUCUGGCACCCUGGCUCAACGCGCAGUGAAUGGACGACAGCAGGUGACUGAACUCGCCAUGCAGAACUCCGUCAGCGCCGUGGUGGCUCGCAUCCGCGCUCGCAGCUGUGGCACGCCGAUGCCCUUUGCGUCGCAGGUGCCCGUCCAGAAUUCGGAGUCAGGAUACACGAUUGGCCGCGAGUACCCGUGCAUGGGCAGCGGGUCAGCUCAUGCCAGCAUUCUGGCUCCAGUUUGCGCCAGCCUGACUUUCUGCGUGAUUGUGGGCAAGUCCCUCCACAUGUUCGGCAAGUGA